AUGCGGUGCUUCACGACCAAUUGGGACAAGCGUGGGUUCCUGCCCGACGAAGCCCGGCAUGAGGAACACUUGGUGGCGAUUGAGCGGAGGAUGUGGUUUGUUGAGGUCGGUUCUGAUCUUCGUAAGAACAGUGCUUCUUUGACCAGUUCCUCUUCGGCGGUGCUGCCACUGCCAGCUUCCGAUGAGAUGUUGCAGGUCCUCGCGGAGGAGUUGAAUGACUUGAAGCAACGACGGGCCGCGAUGCGCGCGGCCAACCGUGCAUUGGCAAAGCAGGAGAAGAAUAUGAAAAAACGACGUGCCCGCCUGAUGCAGGCUGCCCGGCAACUCAGCCGUGACGACCUGUUACUCCUGGUGCACCAAGCGGGAGCAGGAGGUGGUGGAGCUGCAGUGGUCGCAGCUGGUGGUGGAGAUGGCGCGGAAAGUCUUCUGUGUGAAAAGAUCCCCGGAAUUGUGGCUGUCUAUGCGCGUGUCACUCUCGGAGGUGGUGGAGCUGCGGUGGUAGCAGCUGGUGGUGGAGAUGGCGCGGAAAGUCUUUUGCGUGAAAAGAUCCCCGGAAUUGUGGCUGUUUAUGCGCGUGUCACUUUCACAGGUCAUGGUGCUCCCCCUCCAAAUCUGCCAGCUGGCGCUGCAGCUGGCGUUGCAGGGGAAGGUCUAGACUGUUUGUUUGCUUUCUGCGUGUGUGGAGCUCUUGGCAGACCAGGUGCGAAUGAUGUGGAGGAGGCUGAUGCCAUUUCAUCUGAGAGUGAUCGCGGCGAAGGCGCGCGGGUGGAUGUGGUUUUGAGUGUGUUGCUCAUGGCCGAAGUUUGCUCUAAAUCAGUUCUCAUUGGAGGCGGUGCUGCUGAUGGUGAUGGUGAGGAAGACUAG